AUGUUCUCAAACGCCAAUCGCACAAAGUUUCAGCGCCAUCGUGCCGGCAAGGCCAAGGGUGGCGACUCCUCCUCCGACUCAGAAGCUUCCGACGACGAGCAGCAGCAGACGCAGACCAAACAGCAGCGUUCGGCGCCCGCACCCCCACCGCCAAAGGUGCCCUCGGCCGGCAAGAUCAUCAGCUCAGGAUCUCUAGCCAAGGUCGACCUCGAUUCGCGCAGGCGCGCAGGCGCCGAAGCCGAACAAAAACGCGUGGCUGCCGAGGAGCUGGCGCGCAGGGCCAAGGAGGAAGGCUUCGUGACGGAAGAGGAGAGCGAGGGCGGCGAUGACGACGAUGACGAAGGCUCAGAGGACGGCGAGGAGAGCUCAGAAGAGGAGGAAAGCUCCGAGGACGAGCGGCCGCGGCGCGCCCUCAUGAUGCGGCCCAAGUUCAUUCCCAAAUCCCAGCGCAACGGCAGCGGCUCGGCGGCAGGGCAGGCGCAGCAGGACGCCGAGGAAGAGCAGGAGAAGAAGGCGCGCGAGGAGGCCGAGCGCAAGCGCGCCGAGACGGACGCCAUGGUCGAGGAGCAGAUCCGGCGCGCCCUGGCGGCCAAGGCGGCCGGCAAGAAGGCGUGGGACGACGACGACAACGAGGAGGAGGACGUCGACACCGAGGACGAGAAGGACCCCGAGGCCGAGUACGCGGCCUGGAAGGUGCGCGAGCUGCGGCGCAUCAAGCGGGAUCGCGAGGCCGUCGAGGCGCGCGAGCGCGAGCUGGCCGAGGUCGAGCGCCGCCGCGGCCUGACGGACGAGGAGCGCCGCCGCGAGGACGAGGCGCACCUGGCGCGCCAGCGCGACGAGAAGGACGCCCGCGGCCAGAUGGGCUUCCUCGGCAAGUACUUCCACAAGGGCGCCUUCUUCCAGGACUCGGAGGAGGCCGAGGCCCUCGCCCGCCGCGACGUCAUGGGCGCCCGCUUCGAGGACGACGUCGACCGCAGCCUGCUGCCCAAGGCCCUGCAGAUGCGCGACAUGACCAAGCUCGGCCGCAAGGGCGCCUCCAAGUACCGCGACCUCAAGUCCGAGGACACGGGCCGCUGGGGCGAGUUCCGCGACCACCGGCCCGGCCGCGAGGGCACCGGCGGUGGCGGCGGCUUCGGCGAGGAGAGGUGGCGCGAGAGACGCGACCGCGAAGGGCCCGGUGGCGCGAAUGCGAUCCCGCUGGGCGAGAGGAAGGCGCAGAGAGGUGGCGACGACGACAGGCCGAGGGACCGGGAUCCGGAUCGGAGCAGCUACCGGCCGCGCGGCGGCGACAGAGACCGAGACCGGGACCGGGACGACAGGGAAGACCGUCCACGCAGACGGUCGAGGUCGAGGUCAAGGUCGCCGCGGCGGGACCACCGGGACCGCGAUCGGGAUCGAGACGGAGAUGGCUACGGGCACCGCAGGAAAAGGGACUCCUCACGAGACGCGGACCGGUAUGACAGCGACAAGCGGCGGCGUGUGGACGCUAGGUAG